CCCGUAUCUGCGGCCAUGGCGGCGCCGCUGGCCUCCCCCGGCCACCGCAGCCGGUUCGAGCAGGAGCAGGAACAGGCCGUCCGCGCCUUGGUGCGCAGCGUGACCGGCAUGCCCGAGGAGGAGCUGGGAGGCGGCAGGUUCCAGGCGGCGCUGAAUUUCGCUUGGUCCAACUUCAGAUUUCACCGUUUUCUUGAUGUGAACAGUCACAAAGUAGAGAGGACGAUAGAAGGAAUACAUGAAAAAUUGAUAGUUCAUUCUGACCUUGGAAAAGCAGCAAGCUGGAAAAGACUAACAGAAAAAUUUCUGAACUCGCCACUCCCAAGUAUUGAAGAAACAAAGACAGAUACACACUAUGCCAUACUGUCUCUUCUGUUGUGUUUGUCUGAUUCUCCAUCCAACACCACCUAUGUGGAAAAAACAAGAGAAAAAGAAGUGGAUUCCUUUUUGAAUGAUCUCUGCACAUUCCCUCGGCGGUGUUUUGAAUGCACUUUCAGCCCAUUCCAGGAAUGUGAAUAUGAAGAGGUUAUCUCAAACAACACUAAUUACAAAAAGGAAGAAGAAUUUGAUUGGGGAAAGUAUUUGAUGGAAGGAGAAGAAAUUUACUUUGGCCCAGGAGUAGAUACACCAGAUUGGUCUGGAGAAAGUGACGAGGAGGAAGACACUCAGCCUUUAAGCAGGGAGGACUCGGGUAUUCAAGUGGACAGGACACCUUUAGAAGAUCAAGAUCCAAAUAAGAAAACAGUGCUUAAUGUUUCUUGGAAAGGUUAG